CUUAGGUUUUUAGUUAAAACAAAUUGUGUAUUACUUGUGUCACUUUUUAACGAACUUUAAAAUGGCUCCUACUUUAUAUCUUCAUCAUGCAAGUCCUCCAGUUCGGGCUGUUCUAAUAACUGCCAAAGCUAUCGGAUUGCCGAUAACUGAAAAAGAAGUAAACUUCGCUACUAGUGAAAAUCUCAGUCCUGAAUAUCUGAAGAUGAACCCUCAACACACUGUUCCAACACUUGUUGACGACGACGGAUUUACAAUUUGGGACAGUCAUGCAAUCAUCACUUAUUUAGUGUCCAAAUACGCAAAAAACGACGCUUUAUAUCCCAAAGACUUGAAAAAACGUGCGGUGGUUGACCAACGUUUGCAUUUUGAAUCGGGGGUUGUUUUUCCCCGAUUAGCGGCAAUUUCAUGGCCGAUUAUCCGUGAUGGUAAAAAGUCACUAACUCAACAAGAAAAAGACGGCAUUUAUGAGGCUUAUGGAUUUUUGGAAACUUUUCUAGUCGGACAUGAAUGGGUUGCUGGUGAUUUUAUCAGUGUUGCUGAUUAUAGUUUGGUUUCAAUUAUCAGUAGUUUGAAUUAUAUUUUGGUGCCGAUUGAUUCUUUGAAGUAUCCUAACUUGGACGCGUGGUUAAAAAGGAUGGAAGGUCGGCCAGAAUAUGCCGCUAAUUUAAAAGGAUUGGAAGACUACAGCAUGAUACUAAAAAGCAGAAUGGCUAGUGCAUAACUACAACUAUAGAAUUAAUUUUUUUUUAAUUUCUCUCUCUUAGAAAACCCAAUAAUUUGUAAUGCUGCAAUUUUAUAUUAAAUAAUAAAGAAACUCAUUUUA